AUGGGGAAUGACUGUCGUAGACCAAGCACUACAUAUACGCCUAAAAAGGUACAGCUGCUAAUAAGAGAUGAAACAUUUAGCCUGCCUAUUUUGCCAGUAUCUUAUGAAUCACUGGAACAAAAUGUCGAGUUGGUUGCAAAAUACAUGUAUCAAUCUUCUGAUCCUUUAGACUAUUAUCAUAUGUCCUAUAUACAUUCUAAAACAGGAGCACAGCAGCAGCUUAUAGAUGAAAAAUCUUUUCAAGCUGCCCUUAGAAAUUGAAAUGACAAAAUUUUGCAAGUGAGGGUGGACCGAGAUUCUUAUAAAUGCAUGUUUGCGUUAAAUACUUGUGAAUCAGGAUCUCCCAAUCUUGACGAUUCUGUUAUGGCUUUAGUAAAGCAUGCUGGGAUUAUCGAGGAGUAUGUGGUUACUUUGCUAGAAGGGUAUAACAAUUUAUUGAAUUUCGCUGAAAAGUUUAGCGCUUAUACUAACUCCCCCCCCCCCUCCGUGAGCGAACAAAAAAAUUUUGUUCGCUCACGGGAGGGGGGUUUAAUUUUUUUUUUUUUAAAAAAAAUUUAUAUAUAAAUUUUUAUAAAAAAUAUUUUUUUCGAAAUUUAAAAAAAUCCUAAUUUGCAAAAAUUGGGAAGCAAAUAUUAAUUUAAUUUGCAAAAUUUUAUGUUUUUAAAACGCAAUUUGUUUAAAAUUAAACAGAAUUAGCUCUAGAUUUCAUUAUACUAAUUAUCACUUAUAUAUCAAAAUUUUUUUUCCAUUAAAAUUUUUUCUAUUAAAAAAAUUUUUGUUCACUCACGGAGGGUGGGUUUUUGGUCAAAAAAUGGCGAUUUUUCUAAUGGUUUUGUUCGCUCACGGAGGGGGGGGGGAGUAAAAAGUCCUAGUAUUAAGGUAGUAAUUACUACCCUCAUUCUUGUUAUAUCAAGCUCUCCUAAUGCUAAAACUGCAAUGGUAUUCCUUAAUUCUUUUCCAUAUAUUGACUUCAACAUAGACCUUCUAGAAGGUGAAGCUUUAGAAGGGGCAAAGUACUGGAAUGAUUUCUCUACGUGCUUACAGAGGAUUAUUCCUCAACUGCCCAAUAUGAAAAAAAAUUUUGUUGACGUCCAGAUAGGUUUGAAACAGCACAGCAUGAAUAGUGAGCUUAAAAAGAACAAUAACUUCUUAUCAGAAGCUGAAACACUGUCAAAAGCUUUGACUGCUGGACUCAGUUUUAUUAGAAAAAUCAAAAACCUCCAUAAAAAUGUUGUUGAGAUGGUAGAAAACUUAUUCCACUUUGGUUAGCGAGCAAAAAUGCCCCAUUUUUGAGAAAAUAAUUGAUGAGCAAAAUUUUUUUACAAUAAAUAAACCAUAAAUAAUUAAUAUAUGCAUGAUAAGAUCUCCAUUUAAUUAUAGUUAAUUUUUAGCAGCUUGCAUUUUUUCAAAUAUUUACGGGAAACUUUAGCAAAACCAGAACAAGAAAAUGCGAUUAGAAGCAUUCAAAAUAUUAUUGAAAUUUCAGGAGCAUACGGAGCAGCUGCAGCAUUAAGAUUAUUUUCACUUCGUCCAAGCGUUAAAUUAUCAAAUAUAAAAUAA